AUGGUGUGCUUUGAGUUUUGCCCCUCUUUUGCAGGUCUCUCUAACCUACAGAUUCCUCUUUUUUUUUCAGCCAUUGAGGCUGGUUAUUACUUGUGCCCAGUAUGUAAUGACACUUCCAUAGAAAUGUACCGGUCUCACAUGAAAGGAAAGAAGCACUGGAUUAAAGAUAAGAGCUCCAGCCAUUCAGAAUCUAAAGGCAACUACAGACUUGCGCUUGCUGAAACUUCUACCAGCUCCUACAGAAACGAACAGGAAUCUCAGAUAAAACAUUUCAAAGAAGAACACAUCAGUGAAGAGCCAGAGUACAAAAAAGAAGCCACAAAGCAGGAAAGAAAGAAAAAUAGUGAAGGUGCAGAUUGUGGAAAAGAAAACGAGACUAAAAAGAGAAUUAAAUUUAAGCUAGACUUGGUAAAUGAAAAGAAGUCAAGAACUUCUAAAGGCAAAACACUUAAGGAGAACCCCCCAAAGAAAGCAAAAAAUAAUAAGAAGCCUCAGGCAAAUAUCAAAACAGAAGAGGAGCUACCCUGGGAUGAGUCUAUCUUUGAAUAUUGA